UCUGUCAACCCGACUUCCGGUCGGUUUGGCUCCAGAGGGGAAGUCAGGGGUCUGAAUCCGGAAGUCUGACAGUUUGUGUCAGAUCGCUGUGUCCUCGCGGAGCUGAUCGCUGUUUUCCAGGAACAUGUCCAAGUCUCUGAAGAAGAUAGUGGAGGAGAGUCGAGACAAGAACCUCCUGGAGGUGGACCUGUGCGAUAGGGGCAUCGCCAACAUGCUGGACAUCCCGGGACUGUUCACCCUGUCUAACAUCACCCAGCUGGUCCUCAGCCACAACAAGCUCACAGCUGUUCCUGCCAACAUCUCUGAGCUGAAGAACCUGGAGGUCCUGAACAUGUUCAACAACCAGAUCGAAGAGCUUCCCACUCAGAUCAGCAGCCUGCAGAAGCUGAAGCACCUCAACCUCGGGAUGAACCGACUCAACAGCUUGCCCAGAGGAUUCGGUUCAUUACCUGCUCUGGAGGUCCUGGACCUGACCUACAACAACCUGAACCAGAGCUCCCUGCCUGGAAACUUCUUCUACCUCACCACUCUUCGAGCUCUGUACCUGAGUGACAACGACUUUGAGGCUCUUCCUGCGGACAUUGGAAAGCUGACCAAGCUACAGAUACUGAGUCUCAGAGAUAAUGAUCUGACCCUGCUGCCGAAGGAGACCGGGGAUUUGGCUCAACUCAAAGAACUUCACAUCCAGGGCAACAGGCUGACCGUGUUACCCCCUGAACUCGGUAAUCUGGAUCUGACCGGUCCGAAGCAGGUGUUCAAAGCAGAGAACAACCCCUGGGUCACUCCCAUCGCAGACCAGUUCCAGCUUGGCGUCUCCCAUGUUUUUGAAUAUGUUCGCUCAGAGACGUACAAGUACCUCUACGGCCGACACAUGCAGGCUAACCCUGAGCCUCCGAAGAAGAACAAUGACAAGAGUAAGAAGAUCAGCCGUAAACCGCUGGCCGCCAAGAACAAGUGAAGAGGGGAGGGUGGAACCCAACGUUUGCUUCCCAGCCAAACUCACUGCAUGUGCCUUUUCCUUAUUUUAUAUUAUGUGUACAGUUAAGAAGCGAGCUUCUGCAUAUGUACUUUUUAAUACUACAUGGACUCAGUCCAGCUGAAUAUUAGUUUUAACACGUUGUAGUUUGAGUUCUUCUGUUCCUCACAUCAGACAUGGAGGUUGUACCUGGAUGAAGACCAGCUUAGAGCUCAUUUAGACUUCUACAUGCUGCUGGACUUCACAAAAUCCCUGAUGCUGUUUUCACACAUGAACACUGGAGAUCUUCAGGAGAAAGUCCAGACCCUUCAUCUGGUUUUCACUGUAGCUGUUGAGCUGGAAACGGGCUCUCCUGGCUGGUAACGUGAGGGAAGAGGGGUCUGCAGCGGUCAGCAGGAGGCUGAUCAUGCCUACGAAGUGUAAGGUUGCAGCUCCAGAACAUGUAGAACAUGUCAGGACUCCAGGUCACGUGUGAAAGCAGCUUACGUUAAGCUGAGUGGGGCUUUUUCUCAUGAAGAAGGCGUAGGAUGGACCGGGCUUCACUUCUGUUGUCAUUAAAUCAGAGUCCCAUCCAGCUGGUGUGGCCCGGAGGUCACCGUCCCAUCAAGUCCACAGCAGAGAAAGAUUGUUGGGAUCAGAGUGAGGAAGCAGGUUCAGGGAUUGUUUACGUCCAGAUUCCUUUCACUUUAUCUUGUUUCUAACUAUGUGUGCCUUAAGUUUCACUUUAUAUCUGAGUUAUUUUUCCAGUAUUUAAAGAAGUAUCGUCACAUUUCAGCAUGAUGCAAAAAUAACUGAUGUAAGCCACGUUUUAAAGUCCUCUCUUUAUUGAACCUUUAAAAUAAAGCAAGUAUCUGAUGUUUAACAUUUUCAAAGA